AUGUAUCAAGUGAAGCCACAGUCUUCCACCGUCAUUCUUCGAAGCUGGUGGUCUUCUUCAGCUCGUUUAGUCCUGGCCAACUGCUCACCUAUGAGUGCUGGGCCAAGGGAUCCCAGCAGCCUGGACAUCAGAGAAGCCCAUUUGGAAGCACCCCUCUGCCCUUCAGUGAAUGUUCCUAAAACCAGCAGAACUGUCUGCAAAAAAUUCGGCAAGCACCAGCCUCACAAAGUGAUCCAGUACAAGGAAGGCAAGGAUUCCCUGUACGUGCAAGGAAAAAGGCAAUAUGAUCAGAAACAGAGUGGCUAUGGUGGUCAAACAAAACCAAUUUUCUGGCAAAAGGCAAAGACCACAAAAAAGAUUGUACUGAGGCUUGAAUGUGUGGAACCCAACUGCAGGUCUAAGAAGAUGCUUGCCAUUAAAAGGUGUAAGCAUUUUGAACUGGGAGGAGAUAAGAGAAAGGACCAAGUGAUCCAGUUCUGA